AAAGGAUAUUUACAAUAGAGGCAAAGAGUGAAACAAAUGGAGAUUAAGAGAGGAAGAAACAACAUGGCCCAAGAAACAAGAGGGAGACGCACCAUGACGUGGACUCCAUUCAACUUUAGUUUUUUUUUUUUUUUUAGAGAUUUCUAAAUGAAACAACGAUUUUAUUAUUUUUAGGUGGCAUAAAUUAUAGAGGGUAAAAUAGUCUAUGUGACAAAUUAUAGAGGGUAAAAUAAGCUAUGGCAUUAACAAGUUUAGGUGUGGCAAUAGCCACAACCCAUGAUGUGAGAUCAAGGUUGGAUGUAUCAUCGUUUAGAUGAUAAUGGCUGUUUUAUCGAUGAAUUAAAAAAUGGUGUGGAGUCUUUUCUGGAUUAUGCAUUUUCUCAGUUCAAUCUAGAAUUUUGUAGUAGAAAUCAAAUUAGGUGUCUGUUCACUAAAUGUAUGAACCAAAAAUGACAUCGUCAUGUUAUUAUGCUAUGUCAUUUGACAAAAAAAGGUUUUAUGAAUGGGUAUAUAGUCUAGCUUGCAUACGGAAAGCAACCAAUGCGAAAGCGACAAAGUCAUCAAUGGGGGGAAUCCUCUAAUGCAGCUCCCUUUGUGAUGGAAGAACCAGAUAUGGAGAUUUGGCAUGUGAAGAUUGUAGAAACAAUUUACCAACUUGAAAGAAUCUUCCCUCUUUUUUUGUAUUCGAUUGAGCAUCUAGUAAUCCACCUUCCAUAUAAAGCCAAGAUGUAUGCAUGGAUUGAAGAGUUCAAUGAAAAUAAAGCUCAUCCAAAAGGAUCAAUAUGCGGGAAUUACACAAUGAGUGAGAUCUCAUACUUUAUCUUGCUUUAUUUUGAAGGAGAACUUGAGACGAGAUGAUCACAACCCUAGGAAUCUUGUUAGCCUAGGCCCUUCAAUUAAUAUUGGCCUUUCAAUAUUCAGUAAUUUGGUUCUCUACAACAACAACAAAUGUUCACAAUGGAGGAGCGUAAUGUUACAAUGUAUUAUAUAUUCUAAUGAAUUGUAAAGAACUGAAAGGAUGGAUUAAGUAAAUACAUUUUCCCAAUCUUUAUCCUUAACGACAUUAGAGAAAUUAAAUGAUUUACUUUAAU